AUGGCGCAAGAGCUUGCCACUUGGCCCAACCCUUGUGCCGCGCACCUUGCACACAUUUGCUUCAAGGUAACCGUCCCGCCCGCGCUGGAGGCGAGCUCGCGGCCUCAGCGUGACUUUGACUUUGAGUACGAGCGCAAGGUCAUGCAGCAGGAGGGCAGCGGGCUGGUGGAUAGGUUUCUGGGCAAGGCAGAGGAUGCCUACUACGCCGGCACCAAGGUCGGCAAAUACGUUGGGAUGGGCUACACACCAGCAGCGGUGCACCUGGCCCUCGCCUACCAGGCGCAGACCCGCGGCGACGAGGCCCAGGUGGUGGAUUUUUGCAACAACUACACGCAGCUAUUGGGCAUGGGGUUCAGCCCUGCGGUUGCAGCGGGGGCGCUGGUGCGCACAAAGAACGACGCCACCGCGGCCACCGACAUCUGUCUCGCCACCACCAGCUGA